AUGCGAGGAGAAACCGAUUGUUAUGGUUGCGAUGACGGCGCUCGCGCUGAUGGGCAGUGGGAGGCGGAAGGACACUUCGCUGUGUUCGGUAUAUGGCGAGAUUUUGUUCUGCAAAGCGCGUUAACGCCGGGUGGGCAGGAGUUAGCUACCCAGUUCACGACGAGAUUGGUCCUGUUUGUGAACGCACCCGCUCCCGGCCAUGACGAUCUUCAAGCACGAGUUCGCUCAGGUCAAGCUUGA